AUGUCUGAAGAUCUCAGAUCUCAGUUAUAUGUGCAGUGCCUGAAUAGGGAAUUCGAUGCUGCAUUGGAAAACUUCAAGAGUAUUCCUGUUAAUGAGAUGGAUUAUUCGCUUUUGAAACUGUAUAUGAACAAUAGUUGCCAAUGGGGUCAUUUUCCAUCAAUUCAAUACAUCUGGUACAAAUAUGUGAUGAGAAACCAAGCUCUACUAAUCGAGCCAAGUCUGUUAUGUGAUAUGGCAAAUAUGUGUGUGGCUGAAAACCAAUCAUUUAUGCCAAAUCAGAUUUACAUGUAUUAUAAGAAAUAUUAUUACAAGGACCAGCUGUCGCAGUCUCUACCCAACAAUUCCCAGAUCGAAUACGAGCUACUUAAGGCCAAGGUGGAAAGCUUUGCCAAAACAAGUAAAGUUGGCACAUUGUUUCAAGAAAAAUGGUAUCUAUUUGUCAAGGAGAUGGACAAUUACCUCUCACCGCAAGUGAUCUUCAAAGUACGAGACUUCCCCCUGCUUACAGAGAGUUUGAGGGACUUGAACAUCGCAGAUUUAAAGCAAUUACUCUUCACAAAUGGAAACAUAGAUAUCAAAAACAACUCAACACCUGCGCUACUCCUAAACAUGUCUCUGUUGCAACCAAACGAGAUUUUUGAUGAUCAAAUCAAAUUCCAACUCUUCAAACGAUUCAAGGAAGAGUUUCCAGCUCUGAGUCUCACUGAUUCGGUCAAAAUAUUACACCAUAAGUUUAAGGAUAACAUGUACUUGAUCCAACAACUAAAGAUGCAUGCCCCAUCAGAUGAUUGGGUCAAAAUUAUAAACGAGUAA